AUGGUUGUAGAAAACAAUGCCAUAAGACUAAGGGAGAUAAAGAGUGCCAUUAUAGAGGAAAACAUCCAAACAGUCAGCAUCUCAACCAUUGACAGGAUGGAGAAACUCUUGCUUAUAACGGUGCUUUUUGCAUCUUGUUAUGCAACACAAGAUCUUUCAGGCAAGCUGUUUGUCUUCCCUAGACUUGGCAGAAUUGACCAUGUGAAACUAGCUACAACUAAAACCACGUUCAACGCUGCGACUGUCUGUUUCAGAUUCAUCACAGAUACCACCAAGGGCUACAGCCUCUUCUCUUUGGCUACUCCCGUGCACAAUAACUCCUUGCUUCUGUAUAAUCCGCGAGCACCUGUCAUCAGGGUGCAUGUUAAUGACAUGGUCGCACGCUUCCGGGCCUUGCCGACUCCCCCAAACACCUGGCACAGCAUGUGUACUACCUGGAGCUCUGACGAUGGACUUUCUCAGUUGUUGUUGAACGGCAAGUUGACCAUCAAGAGAUAUGUAGCGUCUCAGAAGCCAAUCACUGGAGUACCCAUCAUCAUACUGGGCCAAGACCAGGACUCCUAUGGUGGAGGUUUUGAUGCAAAACAGUCUUUCAUUGGGAUGAUGUCUAAGGUCCACAUGUGGGAUUAUGUCCUCUCACCCACUGAGCUCAGAGCCUAUGAGAAGGGUGAAAACUUCACACCAGGAAAUGUGCUCAACUGGAGAGCCCUGGACUUUCAGCUAGCAGGGCUGGCUUCUGUGCAUGAAGACCCUGAACAUGUUGUAAGAUGUACUUAAAUACUCUGCUUUGAAUAAAGUAAAU